GAUCCAAUAUUAUUUGGCUGGUGGAUGUUUCUCAGUGCAACAGAGACACUGGCACGGUUGUAUGUGUGGUGCUGGAGAAAAUUCCCUCUCCAUUUCCAUUCCAUUUCGGUCUACUCCAUCUUCACGGUGUCAAGUAAAUAUAAAUAGGGCCAGUAUGUAUAAAGUUUAAACUUUCCAUCACCAAAAUACUAACUGAGGGAACAUCUUUUGGAAGUAUGGUGUUCAUCCCUCGAGUACAGUUCCCAAGUACAUUCUCUGCCUUAGUACAUUGAUCCAUAUCUGCCAGCUUUACAGUUUACCUAAUACUAAGGGGAAGUGCAUACACUCAAAUCUGUGCUCUGGUUUAAAGAAGAAGUAGAUUUAAGCAGUCUUUCAGAAGGAUUGUGAAAUAGUUAGGAAAGGGAAAUAGGCAUGAGAAGUGGACAUAAUUCAGAUGAAGCUUAGUUUCUCUGUAUUGCUGGACAAGAAAAAAAAAAAGAUGAAGUGACCAGUGCAGUGUGUGUGUGUGUGUGUGUGUGUGUGUGUGUGUGUGUGUGUGUGUGUGUGUGUGUGUGUGUGUGUGUGCUGCAGAUUCAACAUGACCCUGGCCAGGAUAUAGUUACUGAAGAUAAGUGAAUAAAUGGCAAAAAGUGGGGGAAGCAAAGAUCAGCUAUAAGGUUUUUUUGUUUGUUUUUGGGUUUUUUUAAGAAGUAGAGACACUGAUGAAGAUUCAGGAUGGAGACAGUGACGGGAUAUCAAGAAUGAGAUUUUGGCAUAGAGGACUCAUCACAGUACAGGCCAAAAUGGAAAUGAACAGCGUGAGCAAUAAUGUAAUGCAUCACUGCCCUAAAUACAAUGCAGAAAGGAAGUAAUUCAUUUCAAAAUUUGAAUAGCUCAACAUGAUCUCAGAGAUAAUUUACAGAGAAGGUCAGGGGAAAGAGUGCAAUCUAUACUCCUGUAUCUUAAGGCAAGACACUACAGUACAGAUAGAAACAAAAGAUUUUUGGAUAAAUUACUUCAAUAUAACGCCUUGUGUAUGCACAUAGUAAAAUGUAACAGAGAAUUGUUUAUUUCUCUGUUUUGUCUACUCUCGACCACCAUGUUAAUAUUAAACAAGGCUUUAAGCUCCAGUCACUCGCUUCAAUCACAUUGUUAUAUAUCCCUGAUGCUACAUGUAGGAAUUUCAGCAAUGAAAUAGCAACGAUUGAUUGUGAUAUCUGUUGUUUAAAAAAAACCUCUAUUUAUGUGUAAUGACUUUUAAUAGGAUUUUACUACUUUCAUUCCCCUUUUAUUCUCUUGAGUGAUGCUGCAGUACAGUAGUUGUUUUUAAGAAAUAUCUAUGUAUUCUCUCCAUACCAGUAGAUGGCGGUAAGGCACUACAUUGUAGCUUGCGAACGCCAUAAAACUCACGAAGAAGAAGAGGGUUUGUGUUUUUGUUCUUUAUUGCAAAUACUUUGCAAAUCUUUACAGACUUUGUCAAAUCAUAAUUGGUCUCGGGAGCAUGUAUAUUCAAAUGGGCAUCAUCGUGAAAAAGCCUGUUGUUAUAUCUUAACGUGCUAAUGUGUGAUGAACUGGCUGCUUGUGUAACAAUGAUGAAAUGUCACCUGUGCACUGUAUCUAGUUUGUUAGAAAUUUGUCAGUCUGUAUCCGCCUGUAAAAUACAGCAAACAACCUAGAAAUGAACACGGACAUCAAUUUCUAAAGAUGGGUUAUUAAUUACAAUAAAAUAAGCCAAUACAAGCUGGUCUGUAAACAAUGUAGAGUCGUGGCAUCCUCGUUAUUGUUUCAUUUCUCUCCUGAGCCACACAUUUUGUGAUAGAACUUACUUCCAUUUCUCUAUAAAGCUCCUGGGUGGGGUAAGCAUGGUGGUCAACCUCUGCCUGCCACACUUUAAAACCACUGCUCACUGCAAUAAGCUAUGUGCGGAUGGCUGCGAAGUUUCAAAUCUUCUGUCUGGGGACCCAGCAGCUUUGCGGCGAGGUUGCAGGCUAGAGUACUUCCUCCGUCCACCACUACAUGUGACCCUGCACUUCCAAGUGAGGGUCGAGUUAUACCGUGUGGAUGUUGAACUUUUGCCCUGUGGUAGUGCCUCUAGGAGGCUUGAGAUUCUUACCUGCUCUGAGGUAAACCCUGAUAAAAGCUCAGGAAAUGAUAAUGAGAGAGGACAGUUUAAGCUUGUGGGACGUUGUGAGCUGAAAGAGGAAGUGCUCACAUGUUUUAAGCAUCCAAAUUUUAAACUCCGAGCUCCCUUUCCUGAGUGCCCACCCGACCCUCCAGCCCAUGCAAAGCAGCAGGAGCUCUGGAGCCGGGGAGCUCAGUCACUAAGCUCAGUGGCCCAACUUCGUAUCACUGUCCCCUAUGCUGGGGCUUCUUCGGUACUGGGAAUCAAAUCCUUGGCAGUAUGGGGUGUUCCUGCUCACUGCUGUUCUCUUUCAGAACUGGAACAAUUUCAGAAGGCCCAUUUUGACAACAUGCAACCAAAGCUUUCUAGUUUUUCGAUUCUUUCACCAGUUCCUACCUCAGACAGAUCUCAUGGGCCAGACAAUGCUUCCUCAGAAACAGCUAUACCUGAGGAGUUUCUGGACCCUCUGACUCGGGAGCUUAUGGUUCUGCCCAUGAUCUUGCCCAGCGGGAUGGUUGUGGACAAUAGCACCUUGGAGGAGUACCAAAAACAGGAAGCUGUUUGGGGACGGAUGCCUAAUGAUCCCUUCACUGGUGUUCCUUUUACGAAAGACUCGAAACCACUUCCUAACCCUCUCCUUAAGUGUCGCAUUGAUAGCCUGCUGUUACAGACUGGCCACACAGGAAUCAAAAGCAAGAACAGUCUACUGAGCAAACCUCAACCAUCCAGACUUAUCUGUGCAUCAGUGUCUCAAACUGACUUACUUGGUGUUCAGAGCUUGCGAGCUGAGACGCAGACUCAGCAGGUUUACUCAGUGAGAACUGAGCGCACAGAGAUGCUACAAAAACACACUAUCAAUGAGGAAAAAAAUCAUAGUAGACUAAAUAAGAGUCAUUCCAGAAGUUCUGAAGAUAUUCAAGGGCUUUUACUGGGCACUUCUGCUGGAACCUGCAGUAUUAGAAAGGAGACCUUCAGACAGUCAAAUAAAAGGAAACCUCAGUCAAGCUUUUCUUCAACUAGUAAACAUUUGUUGUCUCCCUUGAUGAAAAUGCCAAGAACAGAUGCAAGCAUCACCCUCCCCACAGAAACAAACUCUCAUGAAGAGCGUCUGUCUCAGAGUUUAGACCAGGCAUUGAGUUCUGCUCUGCAUGGUUUACCAACAUAUACCUCACAAAGCAACCCGGAGCCAGACACUACAGGAGGUCAGGGCAGAUGUGGGUCAUGUUCUUGUUCCUUGACUAUUUACUCUCCAAGCCCUGUGGCUUACUCUCUUCCCUGUGGGCACCUGCUGUGCCGUCAAUGUCUGCAGCGUGAACACACUCCGAGGUCACAGAGACUGCCAAUUAUCUGUCCUACAUGUCAAGCACAUGCCUUAUCCAGCACAAUCAUGAGGGUGCACCAUUAAACAUCAUUUACUGCUGAUUAUAAAACUCUGUGGUAUUAUGUCUGUCAAGUGAGUUCUCACGGACAUAAUAUGCUACUCCCAACAGUCACAAGAGUUGUUAUUGAAAGUGAUUUUUUUUGUUAUGGUCUAUAAUAAAUUUUCUAGAAAGA